AGUGGGGACAAUAGAAACCAACCAUAGAGUUCAGUGACUGUGACUCAACUGCACGCAUUCCCACCUGUGGUCAUUCAUAAACAAGAAAAAGUAUUUGGCAUCUGUUGUCAGCUCCGUUUUAAGGAUAUACUGUACUGCAAAAAAUGCAUUGCAUUUUUUCAUUAUAUUAUCGAUUAAAUGUAAGUCUCAAUACGUGACUUAUUUCUUUUUACGAUACGACUUAAAAUGACUUUCUGAAAAUAAUUAAAAAAUUAUUUCAACCUUCAUAAUCGGCCUAUUAAUUGUCAAUAAAUCUAAGCAAGUGACACGUUGCGUGUUAGAGCUGUAAAUUUUGAAGGAAUUCCAUAAAAACAAGAGUGUCGGAUUAGAAAAAUAGAAUGGACGCUGAUGUUGAAUCUUGUUUAAACGAUUGGAAUGAUUUGACGCGAGAUUACAAGGAACUUGAGGCAUUAAAUAGGGAAUAUCUUUCAAAGUUGGAACAAGUUGUUGAACUUCAAUCGAAAUGUUUAAAAGGAAUAUCGCACCAGAAAUAUCGAAUGGGCGUCAUUUCAAAAUCUCUUAAAGCUUUACAGGCAAGUGAAACUCGAGAAGUUUUGGAUAAAGACAUGAUGAAACGUGAUCAACAGUUACAUGACAUGGAACAAACGUUACCAAAACCAAAUGGUACUUAUCUGAAAAUUAUUUUAGGAAACGUAAAUGUUUCAAUAUUGAACAAAAACGAUAAAUUCAAAUAUAAAGACGAAUACGAGAAAUUUAAACUUGUACUGUCUGUUAUUGGUUUUGUUCUAUCAGUCAUAAAUCUCCUCACUAGUAUAAGGACUUUGGAGUUAAGUUUCAUGUUUUUACUAGUCUGGUACUACUGCACUUUGACAAUAAGAGAGAGUAUACUUAAAGUUAAUGGAUCAAGGAUCAAAGGGUGGUGGCGCUUUCAUCAUUUUUUAUCAACUGUAGUGUCAGGCGUCCUUUUAGUUUGGCCUAAUACUGGAGCUUGGUAUUCUUUCCGGGGUCAAUUUAUGUGGUUUAAUGUAUAUAUUAGUGUAGUUCAGUUUCUUCAAUUUCGUUAUCAACGAGGAGUUCUUUAUCGAUUAAAGGCAUUGGGUGAAAGACACAACAUGGACAUUACGAUAGAAGGCUUCCAUUCGUGGAUGUGGCGAGGACUUUCGUUCCUUCUACCAUUUCUUUUCGUGGGCUACUUCUUUCAACUCUACAAUGCCUACACGUUAUAUACUCUGGCCUCGCAUCCGGAAGCCACUUGGCACGUUGCAGUUCUUAGUUUAAUGUUUCUUGUAUUGUUUUUAGGAAAUACUACAACAACAAUUAUGGUGAUUCCACAAAAAUUACAGGAUCAAUUCAGAGACCAUUUACAAAGUGUUUUUGCUUCGAAGGUUCAAGAACGUAAGAAGGUUAAUGUUUUAAAUGAAGAAACACAUUCAGAGAAAGGAGACUAAAUUAUGAAACAAAAUUUAAACUGUAACAACGUAACAUACUUUAAAAAAAAUACAUAUUUUGGUAGUGAUAAAAGCCGAAAAAUGUACAAACUAUAUAUGAGUGGUUUUUUUUCUUAUUAUCCAAAGAUCGCGCCAAAGCUAAAUCGAAAAUAAUUUAAAUUUUUCUUCUUAAUUUCUUGCUUUUUAUAAAAACACUCAGAAAUCAUCACACUCGUAUAUUUUAAAUAGUAAAUUUAAAGUUUUUCAUAGGUUUAAAUUUUUCAAAAAAAAUUAUAGUGUCAUUUUUAUAUUCAACAAUCAUCACAUUUUAUUGGAUGUCUUGAUCUCCUAUUGUCUUCUGUAUAUGAGUUUUGUUUAAUAUUGACACAUAUCAUUUAGUGUAUUAGUUUUAUUAAUUUAGAAUAUUAUUUGUGUUUUUUUCAUCAAGAAUUUCAAUUUUAAGAUCAAACUUAUGUGGAGUGCAUAAACUUAAUUUGCAUGAAGUGAUGAAUAUAUAUUCUUUAAAGAAAAUAAAGAUAUGCGUGUUUUUUUUAUUUUCGAAAAGUUUAUUUUUACAAAAGUUGACAUUGUUAAACGAAUACGUUUUGACAAAAAUAAAUAAAGCAUUACAUGUGA